ACGUGACUGCGAAUUCUUUAUUAAGUAUAUUGACAAUAUGGCGGCUGUAGAUAAUGUAUACUUGGAGUUACCUCCAACUCCAGAAAAUCCAAAAAAUCCCGAAAACAAAGUGUCAACUGUUGAUAACAUUCAACGACAACUACCUCAUCUGCCUAUUUCGGCUCAAAAAUCUGAUGGAUAUACUAAACCUCAUCGACAAUCUUUUGUGCAAACAAUGUUCUUUAAAUCUAAACAUGGUGAUCUUCAGAAAAAAAGGUUGCUGUGUAUUAUUGGUGUAAUCUCUGGAUUGUUCUUUGUGGGACUAACUGUCGGCCUUAUCACAAAAUGGACUUGUGAUUCAAACAAAGAUGUCAAUCGUCAGUGCUUAUGGUCUUCGUGGAGUUUCUGGACAGUGUGCUCAUCGUCUACGAUAUUUGGCAAGCAGUAUCGGUUUAGGCAGUACUCCGGACCUGCACAUAGUUGCCAAAUGAACGAAACCAUAGAAGAUCAAGAGUGUCCGGAUGAUCAAUACACGUUUGAUUUGAAAUUUGAUCCUUCGACACUUCACCAGUCUUGUUACCUUUCUGCUGACAACAAAGUACUCAGUAACCACUUUGGCGGGGAAACCAAAGACAACCCAAAUGAUGUCAACCAACUACAAAACUACACGGGAUCUAUCGGAAACAUUUGUUCUGAGGAAAAUACUAAAAUAUAUUUUGAAAUAUACUUUCAGUACGAAAUUUUGGAUUUUUUAUACGGACCAUAUUUACUGUUAGAAGUUGGACUUGCCGAACGAAACAAAAUUGACAAUAUUUUGCAAAUUGGGGAUAAGAAAGUCGGUGGAUGGUCUUUGCAAAUUUACUCGUGUCCAAAUUUAAGAAAGAUCUGUUUAUCAGUUCAACAUGGAAAAGUAGAUAGCUUAAAGUUUACUCUAAGCAGCAAUGAAGAUGGUACUGUAGCUGACGGAUUCCUUGGUUUUUUGGUAGAUAGAGAGAGAAGCGAAUUUUCGUUCAUGCGCGAUGGAAAGAAAUUUUUCACUUUUCCAGAAGUAGAAUCUGAUGAGCUCCUUUGUCUGGUAUUUGGAGUAUUUAAUCCGUCAAGUGUAAAAGUGUCACAAGAAAUUAUAACAGCAAAAAACUACACGGACAUUUUAAAGUCGCACUGGACAUAAAUGGUUUUCAAUCAUGUAUGCAUUUUACAUAUGCGGUGGGCAUAAUUAAUUUUGUUAUCACCAUUGCAGCUUCAUAAUGACAGUUUAUUUGCAGAGAGAUUAUCAAACACAAGACCUAAGGUCAUUGACAAGACUAAGCCUUUAUAAUUCGUAUAAUUGGUACAUUGAAUGUUUUAUAUCUGAAUCUUACCAUGCUGAUCUUUCCACGGAAUGUAGAAAACCGUUUAAUUUUUUCUGAUUAUUUUGUUUCCUCCGCCACUUUUGUUUCUGAAAUGUCGCUUUUGUUUGGCAACAUGUCGAUAAUAUAUUUGUUGUAUAAUAUAUCGAACAGUUACUGCGUUUUUGAAACUCAACCUUUAAAACCGAUCACUUUUCCAUAUUGGAGUUAUCUUCCCGUAUACUGUUUUUUUAUUCCGUUAUCACUUCUCCCCAGAAGCGUAAAAGUUAUCGCUAAAUUUGUUUUCACCCAAAUGUUCGUUACUUCAUCACGAUAAUCUGUUAAAUUUGGACUGAAGCGGUCCGGUUACAUGUUAUAAGAGUUAUUUCCUUUCUUGUGUGUAACAUGAGUGGUAUAUCGGGGUACUCAUAUAGACCCAGAGGCUUUAGAUAUAUGACGUUCUUAGUCAAUAAGCAGGAAAUAGGGGUCAAGGUAAAAGUCUAUGUCAAGUACUAAAUUUUGAACCCUUCUUGUUAUCGCAACUCAUCAAAAACUGUAAAAGUAAUCGACAUAAGGUUUUGGCAAAUUAUAAGUUGCCACAUGACGCUUCACCAAUACAUGUAUGUCGUAGUCCUUUGGGGACUUUUUAGCGGAGUUUUCUUUCUUAAAUAAUUAAAAUAAACUGUUUGGUAGGAUAAGUUCUUAACCAUACAUAGCAUGGACCUAGGGUCUUUUGAUAUGAGAUCUUUUACCUUGAAAUUGAGUUCAAGGUCACAGAUAAAUAAGUAGCCAAUAACAUUAUUUCAAAGGGAAAUGCACAAAAACCAUAUAUUUUUGGAAUCAGUGAAAGCUCUCAGAUGACAAAGGAAGUGACUAUUUAAAACCGGAAGUGGUCGUCCUUUCUCGUUUUUUCAAAGAAAAGAACUAAAAAUUACAUAUGUUUCGAUUCUGUGUAAGAUUAGUUAUCUUCUGACAACUGAUUUGUUUACAGAUGUUACUUUUUGUGAUUAAUUAUUUUUACAUAUAUGUACAAAAAAUCAUUUAAACCUAAAUGGUUGAGGUAGAAAGACAUUUAAUUUGUUUUUCAUUUGUAUAUUAUUUUUUUCAACGUUUUUGUUAAUCAAUUUAAUCGUUGAAUCUUUUUUCGUUGAAUAUUUCAACAUCAAAAUAAGCACAUAAAGUUAUGUUUAUAGACAGAGUUUUAUACAGAAAGCAUUGGAAAUAGUCAUUGAAACAAAUGUUAAGAAAUACUGCAUGACCUCAGACAGUAUAUGUUAUAUAAUAUUAUACGACAUACUUUAUAUUCCCCAUCAUUGAUAUCAUUGUAACUGAAUUAAGAAAUCUAGAAACCUACGAUGUCGGAUAGGACACCAUUUGGACAUUUUUUGAGUAAGGCACAACGAAGCAAUACAUUUAUCAGGGUUUUAAGUUUCAUAAAUUUUGACACCAGGAAAAAAUCAGGAUAUGUUCUAAAUAUCAAGGUUCAUAAAAUCUGAAAUAACUAUGAUUUUGUUAAAAUUAUAGUAGCAAUUUAAACAUGGUGGUCGAAGGGAAAGUUUUGACAAAAGAAAUCAAUUUGGAAUAGAAUCUCAUACGGUGACCUAUAGUUGUUAAUUUCUAUCUCAUUUGGUGUCUUGUGGAUAGUUGUCUCAUUGGCAAUCCUUCCACUGCUUCUUAUUUUCUUAUUUAUUAAGAUGCAUAAUUUUUCAUUGAAAUCCUAGCACGAUAAGAUGUUUCACAAAAUUUGGGAAAAAUAUAACUAAUCGUGCGAGACCCUCAUGGGUAGUCAAGAGUCAAGAUCGUUAACCCCCCUUCAUUUUUCUCGUAGUAGUAGUGUUUCAAUGGAUGAAUUUUUAACCAAUUGUAAUAUGCCCGUCAACAUAUGCAUAACAACAGCUUUCUACCAAUUCCUUUGUAGAUUUUGCGCUUACAAAAACUGUUUAUAAAAUUUUUAAUUUUUUAACUAAAGCUCAGUUUUUUCCAAAAUUAAUUGCCUAAUUUACCUACAAAAUAAUUAUAACUGGUAUCAACUGGAAAAUAUACACUCUUACUAUACAAAAUACACACAAACAAACAACGCUCUGCUGGUUCCAGUAAAGAGUUAUCCAUAUAAUUUUGGGUACUUAUACAUGUUAUACCUUAUUUUAUAAGAUGAAGAUAUUGAACAGCAUCUGAAUAUUCAAAUUAUUUCAUUUAGUAACUUUGAAAAUAUCCAAUUGAACUUUGUUAAAAAUAAGUUUAAAAUUUUUUUGCUUACAAAAUAUUACAUUUACCGAACAAAAAUAAAAGAUGUAUUGCCAAAAAAUGCUUUAAAAAUAAAUCUGAGCCUAGAAAUUAUCCUAUUUCAGUUUAAAAUCGUUAUGAAGAUGAAAAUAACAAAUACUGCUGCCCCGGGUUGUCUUAUAUAGACAAAUUAUAAUUUGCGAUGUUUUUCUAUCUAUUUUCAUGAUAAUGUGUUUAAUCUUGAUACUACAUUUAGAUAAAAAGAAAUAGAAUGUUCUCUCUUAGGUCGUUAGAUAUCCAUAUAUAGUCUAUCUAUUUUAUACAAUAAUACAAUCCACAGUA